GCCGCCCAAUGUUCUUUUAUUCCGGGAUCUAGCCUCGGCGGACCAUUUUCUCCGCGAAUCUUGAAAAAGAACUUAGUGAAGGAAAUUUAAAAAUUGACGCACAGCUAUAAAAAUGAAUUCUACAAAGCAUAAAUUUUCAAACAGAAUAGUGAACGAACAGAAGAGCAAUAUUUGGGAGGAAAUAUUGCAGUUGUCUGGGAAAUACGGGGCUCUUAAUUUAGCCUUGGGGUUUCCGGAUUUCGCCCCACCAAAGCACGUUCGGAAUGCACUUGAAAACGUAUCUAACCAAUCCAAUCACAUGAUUCACCAUUACACCAGGACACUUGGCCAUCCAAGAUUAGUGAAAAUUCUGGCGAAAAUCUACAGCCGGGAACUUCAGCAGACGCUGGACCCCAUGAAGAACGUGGUGACCACCAUCGGAGCUUACGAGGCUAUGUACGCAGCUUUCCAGGCUCUGGUCAACCCAGGCGAUGAGGUAAUCCUUCUCGAGCCGUGUUAUGAGCCGUACAAGGUUGUGGCGGGACUUGCGGGGGCAACGGUGCGCUAUGUUCCCUUAAUUCCAAAAGAAGGAUCAAACGAAAGUGACGACUGGAAAUUUAACCUUGAAAACCUGAAGGCUGCAUUUAAUGAGAAAACAAAAGCCAUUGUUGUUAAUAAUCCUAUGAACCCACUGGGGAAGGUUUUUACCAGAGAGGAACUACAGGAGAUUGCAGAUCUUUGUGUUCAAUUCGAUGUGCUUUGUUUCUCUGACGAAGUUUACGAAUGGCUUAUCUAUGGGGAGAGACAAUUUGUUCGAAUGGCCACGCUCAAUGGGAUGGCAGACCGAACGAUUACAAUGGGCAGUGCUGGCAAAACCUUCAGUGUCACGGGCUGGAAAAUUGGGUGGGCUAUCGGCCCCGCCCACCUCAUCUCCGCCAUGCACCUGUUCCAUCAUUUAGCUGUCCGUGGAACCCCGUCUGUGCUACAGGAAGCGCUAGCAAUAGCUUUUGAAACAGAGGAAAGUAGAAUUGGAAAUCCAGACUGCUACUUCAGUUUGCUGUCCAAGCAGAUGGAACAGAAACGGAACGAACUGUCAACUUACCUGAGCGACGCUGGUCUCCAACCUAUCACACCCGGGGGAGGCUACUUCAUUGUGGCUGACAUUUCAUCUAUAGAUACUGAGGACGGUGUAAAUCCGAACAGCCAGGAAGCAUACGAUUCACAGUUUGUAAAAUGGGCUAUAAAGGAGAAGAAACUUACCCUGAUACCCCUGUCUAUAUUCUACAGCGAAGAGCACAGACAUUACGGAGACAAAUUUGUUCGAGUUUGUUUUGCAAAGGGAUUUCCUGACUUUGCACCACCAAGUCACGUGGUGGAGGCCUUGGGACAUGUGACAUCUUACGCUAAUCACAUGAUUCACCACUACACCAGAGCUGCAGGGCACCAACGCUUUUGCAAAAUACUCUCAAAGUUAUACGGCAGACUUCUGAAGCAGGACAUCGACCCAAUGACGGAAGUUCUGCCGACAAUCGGUGCAUACGACGCCCUGUUUACGACAUUCCAAUCCCUAAUCUGUCCGGGAGAUGAGGCAAAACCCUGCUACGAGCCAUACAUUGAACUCGCCCGACUUGCAGGAGCUUCAGUCAAAUAUGUUCCUCUUAUUCCUAAAGAUAACUCAUCAAGCAGUGAUGAUUGGAUAUUUGACCUUCAAACUCUACAGGCAGCAUUCAGCACAAAAACGAAGGCCAUUGUUGUGAAUACACCAAUGAAUCCAUUGGGCAAAGUAUUUAACAGAGACGAGCUGCAAGCCAUCGCCGAUCUGUGUGUGAAAUACGACACACUCUGUUUUGCAGAUGAAGUUUACCAAUGGCUUGUGUAUGGAAACAGGAAACACAUCUACAUUGCUACGUUGGAUGGAAUGGCCGAGAGAACCAUCAACAUUGGGAGUGCAGGGAAAACAUUCAGCGUAACGGGUUGGAAGACAGGCUGGGCUGUUGGUCCCGCCAAUCUAAUGGACGCCCUGCAGAGCUUCCAUCAUUUGACCAUACGGGGAGGUGUGUCAGUGAUGCAGGAAGCACUUGCAAUUGCAUUUGAAAAAGAGGAGGAGCUCCUUGGGAGUGAAGAAAGCUAUUACAGGCAGCUACCAAAUGAAAUGCAAAAUAAAAGGGACCAACUGGUGGAGUAUCUCCAAGAGGCCAAACUGGACCCUGUCAUGCCAGGGGGUGGCUACUUUAUCGUGGCGAACAUCUCUAAGCUAGAAUCUGGUAAUAAGAUGGAGGAAUCGGCCCAGGAGGCGUUCGAUGUCAAGUUCGUGAAAUGGGCAAUUGUAAAUAAAAAGUUCACAGUUAUCCCGCUCUCCAUAUUCUAUUCUCAAGAACACCGACACCUUGGAGAGAAGUACGUCCGUAUUUGUUUUGCAAAGACUGAUGAAACUCUCAGAAAAGCAAAAGAAGUACUGACAAAAUGGAAUAACAGCAAAUGAAAAGAAUUUUCUAAUAGUGUUAUUUGAAUGGGAUUCUGACUCUUUUCAUUCACACCUUUAAUCUUGAAAUGUAAUAUAAAUUGCCUUUUAUGUUUCGUUUCUCUUGAACACCAGAAAAUAUACAAAACAUUAAUAUUGUGAUCUUGUCUUACUUUAAUGAAUUAAGUCCCCAACAUUCCAAAACAGGUUUAUAUCAAAUGGAUUAGGACAUAUUGAUAUCAAAAAUACAAUCAUAUUCAAAAUUUACAGUACUCGGCCACAAUUUUAGCCAAAUGUUUCACAAUUGUGGUUGGAUAUAUGUAAAGUUACAGUUCGUCUUUAUUUAAGGAAUAAGGAAUCAUUCUUCGAGCAUUAUGAGGUGAUAGUUUAUGUCAAUAAGACACAUAUGUAAAAAAAAAAUGACAAGUUUUGUUUACAAAACAAAAAAUUUCAAACUGAGUAUCUUGCUUGUAACUCAAUAUUUGACUUUCAAAUUUUGACAAGUCAUUACAAAUACCCAUAUUAUCCAUUUUAAACAUUAAAAAUAGAAAAUUAAAGUUUAAAAUUGUGUCCAAGUCCCUUUAAUACAGUUCAGGUGGAAUAACACACCUGGAAAAAGUCACUCAAAUUAACAGUAAGUUAUUUGAUUAUGAAACUUAAGAUAUAAUGAUAAAUAAACUGUACAUAUGCCAAAUAAGCAAAAUAUUUGCACUUUGGGGAUAAGAAAUGAAUAUCUAAAAAAUUCAAUUCAGUAAACUUGUAACAACAAAAGGCCUCGCGGGAUUAAAAAUCGGGAUGUAAGGAUCACAAGCCCGCCACUUAAUCCGCUCAGCUAUGGAGUAAUUUACAUGUUGCGGUGGAUAUAAACCCAAUAAUAAAACAAAAUGUCGUUUCGAUCAGCGGGCAGCCAUUUUGUGAUGAUGUGUUAUUCCACCUUAAGUAAUUUCCAGGAGAAUACAAACAAGUUUCCUGACAGAAUUGGUCACAUAACAAAGCAAAA